AUGAUGGAGACCAUCACUGACUCUGUCAGGCUGGUGGAUGGGACUAGUCUGUGCUCAGGCAGACUGGAGGUGAAGUCGACCCACUCUAACCAGUUCAACCAGUGGUGGUCCUCAGUGUGUGAAGAUGACUUUGACCAGCAGGAUGCAGAGGUGGUCUGUAGGGAGCUUGGCUGUGGGGCUCCUUCAGUCCUCCAGGGGGCGCUCUAUGGAGAAGUGGAGGCUCCAAUGUGGACCAAAGAGUUCCAGUGUGGAGGCCAAGAGUCUGCUCUCCUGGACUGUAGAAGCUCAGGCUCAGAUAGAAACACCUGCUCACCUGGCAAAGCUGUUGGACUCACCUGCUCAGAACCUGUCAGGUUGGUGGGAGGAGACAGUCGCUGUGCAGGAACACUGGAGGUGAAACAUCAAGGAGACUGGAAACCAGUAGCUAGAUAUGACUGGAACCUGAAGAAAGCAUCUGUUGCCUGUAGAGAUCUGGACUGUGGCUCUGCUGUUUCUGUGGUAGAGAGAGAGGAGUCCUCAGAGAGAUCUGUGUGGAGGAUCGACUCUAACUGUGUUCAGUCUGGAUCUCUUCUGAGGGAGUGUUUAAUAUCAUAUUUCUCUUCCUCCAUCCUGGAUCUCACC